AUGAGAUUCAAGGUAGACCUUGUUGCUGCAGUGCAGCAGCAGCAGCAGCAGCAGGACCUGCUGCAGCAGCAUCUGCUGCUGCAGCAGCAAGACCUGCAGAAACAGUGGAUAGCCUUCGGGCCCCACACUGCCUCAGCCUCUUCAACAGCAGAAUCUUUUUCUGCUUCUCCCCUUCAUCCAGAUGAAUCCUCUGCUGCUGCUGCAGCAGCAGCAGCAGCAGCAGCAGCAGCAGCAGGAACAGCAUACGUGACCUUGAAGCAGGAACAGCAGCAACAGCAGCUGCUGCCCGUGCAGGAUCUGCAGCAGCGCGAGUUGCUGCUGCAAGAAGGAAGAAGAAUAGCAGAGAGUAUUAUAAUUAAAGCUAAGUCUAUCAGCAGCAACAAAACAGCACCAGAGAUCGAGGCGCUGCUGCUGCAGCACAAUGCUGCAGUGCAGCAGCAGCAGCAAACUGGCUGCUUCUUCGCCACAGCACAAGAUGCUAUGAAGCUGUUUGAUGCUGCAGCAUGUCUCUUUGCUGAAGAAAGCAACCUUCUCGAGCUGGAGCUGCCUGUGCGAGUGUUCGGAAGUAUAGAGGGACAGCUAGGAGAUAUCUGCGAAUUGUUUAAUUGCUUCGGCUGGCCUUCGUCUGCUGCUGCUGCUGCUGCUGCUGCUGCUGCUACUGCUGCUUCUCUUUCUAAUAACGCAUUUCUAUUCAUUGGCAGCCUUAUCAGCAGCAGCAGCAGCAGCAGCAGCAGCAGCAGCAGCAGCAGCAGCAAACUAAACUUCGAGGUGCUGUUGCUGAUCCUCUCGCUCAAAGUCCUCCACUUGAAUGUCUUUUUGCUGCGAGGAGCAGCAGAAGAGCUGCUGCAUGAAUACAGCAGCAGCAGCAGCAGCACAAUAUAUUUAAAACAAGAGUGGGAGGAGAAGUGCGGGUUAAUUGAAGCUGCUGCACUGCGUUUGCAUGCAGGGGAGCAGCAAAAGGAAGCUGAUGCAGCAGCACUGCUGCUGAGAGACUGCCUAUACAGCUGCGCAGAAGAUGAAGACGAAGCAAAUAAUAAAGAUGAAGAUAUACACUGUAAUCCCCUCAGGUUUACUGCAGAUGCGCUAAUUGCAAUGCUGAGGAAUAGCGGCCUUCGUCUCCUUAUCUGCAGCAACAGCAGCAGCAGCAGCAGCAGCAGCAGCAGCAGCAGCAGCAGCAGCAGCAGCAGGGGUGGAGCAGAGUAUUGCUGCAGGGGCAGCUGCUUGCGCCUUCAGUCGAACCGAGAUCAGCAAAAGGUUUCGGGCUGGGGUCUUGAAACAGCAGCACCAAACACAGGGCAGCUGCAGCAGCAGCAGGAGCAGCAGCUGCAUGCAAAUGCAGCAACAGAAGGCUACAGUUAUAUGCUGCUGCAGCAGACGCGCAUGCGAACAGCAGCAGCUGCUGCUGAUCCAGCAGCAGCAGCAGCAGCACUUCCUACCCCGCUGGCACUCACAACUCCAACAACUGCUGCUGCUGCUGCGUCAGUACUGCACGGGGCAACUGCAGCAGCAGCAACAACAACAACAAUAACAGCAGCAGCAGCAGCAGCAGCAGCAGCUCCUGCUCCUGCUGCUGCAGCAGGCUCACUGCAGCAGCUAAUUCAGCAGGCAGAAGAAUGCGUUUCUAAGGAUAUAUCUGCUGAGCGGACCCUCCCUGCUGCUUUGCUGCAGGGGGGCCCCCUACUUGUAUCAAGACGAGCUGAUGAUAUUAGCAGCAGCAGCAGCAGCAACAACAACGCAGCACAAUUGCAGCAACAGCAACGAGCUGUUCUACCUCCAGCAGCAGCAGCAGCAGCAACAGCAGCAGCAGCAACAGCAGCAGCAACAGCAGCAGCAACAGCUGCAGCAGCAGCAAAAACCUACGAGCCUUCAACCCAUGCCCACCACCUGCAGCAGCCGCAGCAGCAGCAGCAGCAGCAGCAGCAGCAGGGCGGUGCAAAUUGUUUAGCAGAUUAUUCUGCUGUCUGUCAACUGGGGGGCCCCCAUGCUGCUGGUCUCUCACAAACUCUUCCUGCGCUGCUAGAAGGAAGCCAGCAGCAGCAGCAGCAGCAGCAGACGCAGACGCAGCAGCAGCAGCAGCAGACGCAAACCCAGAGGUCUUUGCUGGGGAGGCCAAGUUUGUUGGGGGCUCGUCGUUUGUGCGUCGAAGGGGGUCGCGUUGCAGGAAGUUUGCUGCCAGCAGAGCCCCAGCCGCAGCAACCGCUGGGGGGCCCCUCUAAGAGGCCCUAA